AGAGAGAGAAAACCCAGAGCGCAGUGUGCAGACCUGAGCAUGAUGUGAGACUCAGACAAAGACUACAGCAGGAAAGUCACUUGAUUUUGGAAUAACGACAAAGAAAGCAAUAAAACUGGAUUUAGAAUGGGAACUGUCCCUAACCCUAAAAGGACUGUUACUGUUCAAAUGGUACCACGACUAUCUGGUACGGAUACUUUGGGCAACAAGGACACAACCACACUCUCUCUUCAAGACUCAGGUUUAAACCUGACCAUGGAUUGCUCAUCUACGCAAAAUACACAACCAGAUCUGGAUAAUAUGCAACAUAAAUCUGCAAGUAAAGGGAAACUACUUGAAGGGACAUCCAACUCUCCUUCUUCUAAUAUUAAGGAUCAUAGAAAACCUGAUGUCCAGGAACCUCAGGCAAACAACAAGAAGGAAAACAGCAAUGUGAAUUUAAAGCCGUUACCAACCAUUUCUGCAAAAGGCAAUGAUAUGUGUUUAAAUAUUCCAUCAUGUGUAGAAAAACCGCCUCAAGAUGACAAGGGGAGAAAUUGCAGUCAGGCUAAACGAGAAGUCGAGCAAAGCAAGGAAAACUUACCAAGUAGACCGUUGUCAUCUGAGGAACUCACAGCACAAAGUCAAAAGCUGUGUGAUCCAAAGCUCAUAGACUUACCUCCCAACAACAGGAACUCAAACAAGGACACUUGCCAUGUACAUGAACUUACAGAAACGAGCUGCGCCAUUAGUUCAGCUGUAGCUUUAAACACCAGCAUGGAUGAGACAAAUCAUUCCCAUUCAGAAUCAGCUUGGACAUUGCAAGAAGGGAAUUUACCCCAAGGUCUUACAGCAGAGAUUUCCAAAUCAGCCCCCAAGCCAGCAGAGACCCCUCAAGCAGCAAACAGCAACGUGAAACCUGAGGCAGAUCAUACUAUACUACAAGCAAACAAAAAACAGUCUACACCUCUUCUCAAAGAAACGGAGUCCUGCCCCCAAUCUGAAUAUGGUGCAAAUAAUGCCAAACCUCAUCACACUGUCACAAUAAACAGCAUUUCUCAACACUCUCCAGACCUCACCAUUCAUACUGACGUGACUGAUGAGGCAGUUCAAACACAAGGAUCUGUUUUGGAGGAAACUAAGAUGAAGCACUGUAAGUUGUACCGCGAGGCAGCCACCAUGACAACAGCGGCAGACUGUGGGACCUCACCUUGUAAACAGCACCAGGAUGUAGGGGUUCAGGCUGUGGCUUUGGUCUGCACUCGAGCUGUUGAAACAAGUCCCAGCCUAUUUCCGUACGUGCCCAAGCGGGUGUCUGUUUGUCUUCAAAUGGAAGAAAUGGAAAGCCUUGCAAUGGUAUAUCAUAAGGACAAUGCUGAUGCACCGAUUAUAAUGGAAACGUCUGGUAGUUCAUGUGGCCCUUCAAUCACUACUUUGUCAGACAGACUUCCUCAAUCUGGACGCGUUUCGCCACACACAGAUGGUGUUUUACAAAACGAGACCAGGCUUGGAGCCAAGCCCAAGGAGAAUGGGCCACCAAUGUACAACGCUCCAAAAGCAUACUCGCCUCUUCAACCAGUUUAUCAAAUUAGCAUCGAGACAUGCAAUCAAAAUAAACUGUCACCUGAAGCUAUCGACAAAACCUCCAUCGUUCCAAAUUCUGUGAAACAGGACACCAAGGGGAAAGGCUUUGGUGAGAUAUCGACCACGACUGAUCAGGUCUGUCGAGCUCUAUCGGUAACAAGUCCUCAGUCAGAACAAACUGCCAAACCUCCUGCCAAUAAAUCCCCUAUUUCACAGUCAAAGCCCUCGCCACAUGGGGUCGGUCCUUGCAAAGCAGCUAAAGAGACCAACGCAGAUGCUUCUGCCCCACUAUUAAGCUCCACUUCACAGGAUAGAUUAAAGAACAAGCAGUUGGAGAAAAAAUCCGUAAACAAGACUGCAAAGCAGGAUUCCAAAUCGAAGCCAGUGAAGGAUAAGAAGCAAGAUGAAAAGGCUGCUAAGUCAAUGAAGAAAAGUGUUCACGAUGUGGUGUGGGAUGAUCAGGGCAUGACUUGGGAGGUGUACGGCGCUUCGUUGGAUCCAGAGUCGCUCGGUUUCGCUAUCCAGAGUCACCUCCAGUGCAAAAUUAAAGAGCAUGAGAAGAAGAUCAUAGCUCAGACGGCACUCAGGAAAUCCUUGUCGUCUGACUCGCCAUUGGGCAGAAAGAACAAGCGAAGGCAGGCUAAUGUCUUCAGGUCCAUGCUCCAAAAUGUCCGACGGCCCAACUGCUGUGUACGCCCACCUCCCUCGGCGGUGCUGGAGUGAGAACUGCUGAGUAAUCAUGGUCUGAUGAUUGCUGGUGCAAAAAAUCCUUCCUGAGAUUGUUCUAGUGCGAAGCAUGACAGGACUGUUCCCAGGUCAUGAUGCAGAAUGUGCAGCGUUAAAACAAAUGGUGAGUGUGUAAGCGAA